AUGUACAUGCAAUGCUUUGGUGCCAUGCAGCUAAUUAUACAUGUAAAGAAGUAUAAUAUAAGCUGUGAACUAGUGGUACUCGCUUUAGUUCCUCUCUUGGGUCCAAUCGGAGGUGGCUUGGCUGCCGCUUCACCUGCUGGUGGAGCCGUAGUGGUGGCUGCUGGUGGCGCUGCCUCCUCGGCUGCCCGUACAACCAGCCUUGAGUUGGUGUUCUUGGAAGAGAACAAUAACAUGCUGUUCCGGGGAGUGCUUGUGUUGGAGAUCACAUUAGGUUUAGUACAAACCCAGACGCAGCAAAUGCCAUAUUGCAGGUUGACAUGCUCUCUCUCUCUCAACUCUGAACUCUGA